AUGGAUGGAGCACCACAAGAGUCCAGAGAUGAUGAGGUACUUGAGGAACCCAGAAGACCAGAAAACAGUGCAGAAAAAGAAGCAACGAAACUGGACCAGCCAAGCAUUUCAGACACACCUCAGUCAGUAGCAGAUUAUUUACGGGAAGUGAACGCUUGUAUAAAACAGAAACAGCUUAGUCAUGGGUUAGACAUUUGUAAUAAAGCCUUGGAAGUACAUCCUGGCAACUCAAAGCUUCUAGAGAAGAAAACAAAGGUUUUGUGCCAGCUGCAUCAGUUUCAAGAUGCUUACAAGCUUGUCGAAGAGUGGCUUGAGCUGGACUCUCAAAAUGUGACAGCAAAAAGAGAACAUGAGAAGCUUAAAAUUAUCUUAAAUGCAGUUGAGGGACCAGAUUCGGAUGAUGAAGAAGAUGAUAUACAAGAGUUGACAGUCACCAAAGAAGAUGAAGACACUGAGAAAAAGACAUCCCUACCUGCGCAUUUAAAAAAUGCCUCAAAGGGUGAAAGAGAUUCUACUGAGGUUGCCAAAAAUGCAGUGAAAUCUACCAGCAAGGCAGUGUACUUUAAGAAUAAUGAAGAUGUAGCCAGCUUUUCCUGUACAACCUGUGAUGCCAACUUUACAUUUAGAGAUGAGUGGGAAAUUCACAAUGACAGCUAUGAACACCGACAAAGGCUUUCCCAAAACAAUGCCCAGGAUUGGCACUAUAGGGCACCCCCUAGAGGUCUGGCUAGUGAUGAGUAUAGUGUGUGUAAACGAUUUCUGGAAACUGGAAGAUGCACUUUUGGAGAGAAGUGUACCAGAGCCCACUCCCAGGAAGAGCUGGAGGAGUGGAAUCAUCGUUACGCAGUCCGCAAGCAGCACACAUAUAUUGAGCAGCUGCUGGAAAAGCUGAUGUCUCAAGAACCUCCAAAGAUGGUGCUGGUUGAGAAUAUGGACAUGGUCAAAAUUCAUGUCAACUCUGACCUGAAAGUUAGUAUGUCCACCAAGAAGUGCACGAAUGCCUGGACUUUCACGGUGACCAGUAAACUGUGCUUGCAAGGUGUAGCAUUGAUGUCAGACACUCACCGCAGUUACUUUCACAUAGCCAGCAUUUCAGUGGGUCCCAGAAAGACUCAGAAAUAUCAGAAUCUAGAAAAUCAGUGUCAGGAAUGGGUUAAUCAAGACACCCAGAGCAAAGGUCAAGGAGAAUAUGUCUAUAGAGUGAAGAUUGUAUUCAAGACUGACAUCUACGGCACUUUUCGGCAGUCAAUUAUUUUCGAUUUUGGGGUAGAAGCCAUUCUCAUGAGAGAGGUGCAGGUUGAAUCGGCACCUGCUACAGAUCCUGAGAAGAUCCGCAAAGAGAUCAUUCUGUCAGAAGCUCAAAGAUGGAAUGAGAAAACAGUCACUUUAGUGAACUUUGAGCCGAGGCCAGUGUCCCACAGUAACAUUGAGGUUGCUUUGAUUACCAAGUAUGCACUCCCUCGACCGGACAAGCUGUGUGCUCCUGAAACUAUGCUACGCAAUCUGAGCAAGGAUAACUACCGCCUCUGGAUGCACGAUAUGCUGUAUAUAGAAGAGAUGGCUCAAAAGGGAUAUAUUUCCAGAUUUAAUGUGACGACAUCACUACAAAUUGUGGAUCGCUACUUGUUGAUACCAAGCAACUUGUCAGCAGCAAAAUAUGCUCAUGGAGGGGAGCUGUUUGCCCGUAUGAAACUGGAAGAUGAUCUCUCAGAGGAUUCGAUGGCAGGCCGUCUGAUUCUCCAGUCCUCAAAUGUGGCUUGGGUUACUGAUGGCAAAAAGGAGCGUCCAGACAAGGUGUAUGAGGUUAUCAUAGAGGAUAAAGGCAAAAAUUUCAUAUUUAUGAGACUGUCCAGUGCCUGUGUUGAGGAGCUUGGACUUUCAUGUGAUCACGACUUCUUUGCACAGAUCCAGUUUCAGCUGAACAGGCUGUCCAUGUGCGAGAUGCACGCAGCAGUAGAUCGUCUGCCAUCACUGGACAUUGUGUUCCCAGAUUUGGCAGCCUGUCCUGAUAAAGUGGAUUUAGGAGAUAACACUUUUCAGGAAACAGAUGAGAGCAAACAGCUCAAUGACAAGCAGAAAGAUGCUAUUAGAUUGAUUCUUACAAGCAGAGACCAGAAGCUGCCACCUCUGUUGAUUGUAGGACCAUUUGGUACUGGGAAAACCUACACUUUAGCUCAGGCUGCUAAGCAGGUUCUCAAGCAGGAGGGUUCUCGCAUUUUGAUAUGUACACACUCAAACAGUGCUGCAGACUUGUACAUUAAGGAGUUCCUCCAUGAUUACGUAGACACCGAUGAACAUACCGAGGCUCGGCCUCUUAGAGUUAUGUACAAAUUCCGAUGGAUACAAACAGUACCAGAGGUAGUUUUGAAGGCACCUACAGUCGAAGAUGUUCUGAAUCACAGAGUUAUCAUUACCACAUUGAGCAGUGCUAGAUACCUUGUGGAUCUGGAUUUGCCCAAAGAUAUCUUUAGCCAUGUGUUUAUCGAUGAAGCAGCCCAAGCAUUGGAAAGUGAGACCAUCAUUCCUUUGUCUAUGGUGCAUGAGAGCACAAGGAUUGUAUUUGCUGGAGACCAUAUGCAGAUGAGUCCAGAAGUUUACUGUGAUUUUGCAAGGCAGCAAGGAUUCCAUACAUCACUUUUGGAACGACUGCAUGAACUUUACCCAAGGGAGUGUGUUUACAAGGUGAUGCUGUGUGAGAACUACAGAGCACAUGCAGCAAUUGUCGACUUUACAUCUGAGCUUUUCUACGACAAUAAACUCAUCUCCAGUGGCAACAUUGUGGCUCACGAUCAGUUUUAUCCUCUGACUUUCUACGCUGCAAAAGGAGAAGAGAUUCAGCAUGAAAACAGCACUGGAUUUUACAAUAUGUCUGAGGUUUAUGAAAUAGUUGAACGGGUGGAUGAACUGAAGAAGAAGUGGCCUGAAGCAUGGGGUGCUUUUGAUAACAAUGGCAUCAGCAUUGUUGCUCCCUACUCAGAUCAGGUUGCACGGAUUAGAGCAGAGCUGAGGAAACGGAAACUGUUUGGUGUGAAUGUUGAAAGAGUUCUUAAUAUUCAGGGCAAGCAGUACAGAGUAAUCAUGUUAUCUAUUACAAGGACAAGGCUGACAUGUCGUUCGGACCCCAAUGUUGAGGAAUACAUGGACUUUGGCUUCUUGUCCAACAUCAAAUUGCUCAAUACAGCCAUCACACGAGCCCAGUCACUAGUGGUUGUUGUGGGUGAUCCAGUGAGUGUGUGCCUAGUUGGAAAGUGCAGGAAAAUCUGGGAGUAUUUCCUCGAGAUCUGUGACAACAACGACAGCCUGCAUGGCAUCUCAUGGAAUCCUCUCAAAGAGCAGCUGGACAGAGCUGAACUAACCAAAUCCUUUGUGCUUAACCCACUGGCUCCUGAAUUUGUUCCCAACCGGGUGUACCACACCGCCCACAUACAACAGCCGGAUCAUGGCUUCAUAUACCCAGGAGUUCACACUGGGGGCUGGCCUGGCUAUCCAUCUAUGUUUUCUGGGCAACCAUUUCCCCAGGUGUUUCCACCAAUGUUUCAGCCUCCUGUUUUCUACCCCUACAACCCAGGGCUGGUUCCAGCCAUGUACUACCAGCAGUCUUUUAAUAGGGGAAUCUUUCCAUCCAAGCAGAUGUAUAGUCGUUUCAUCCCUCCAGGAGGAGCAUUUUCUUAUGCCCGAGGUGCAGGUCCCAUAAAAGAAGGUAUACCCCGUACGGUGGAGAUGCCAAGUAGUAGAGGAAUCAGACACCAGCACCCUGGUGGAAGACAUAUGUACUACCCACCACAGCGCAUGCAGAGUUUUCCAGCAAUGCCUCAGGGUUACUCAUCUCUGUUGCAGCCUCAUCAGCCACCAGGUAGUUACUUUUACCACCCAACAGAAGAUCCUAGAGCCUUAGCUUUUGCUGCUCCUCAAACGGGCAUCUACCCAUACAUGACUACACCUGCUCAAUUUCAACCUCAAGCCUUCCGGGCCCCUGUGACAGCCUAUGGUGGAAUGCCAUAUCACCAGGGUACAGGAUUUACUCCCUUCCAUAUGCACACUACAUUACAACAGAGCAACCAUUUACCACAUUCAUUAGGCAGUCACAUAGCCUAUCAAGAAAGCCGACCAACCAGAGAGAGAUCGGAUACAGCCGACAGUAGCGGGAGUGCCAGAUUUACAGAUUCACCUGGCUCUGGAAUUCAGUUGCUACCAAAUGUUAAACAUGUCCCAUCUCAUCUGCUGGGGAAACCAGGAAACUCAUCACCUGAGGCAUCAGGAAGCAGUGCUGGAAGUCCACCCGUGAAUCUUUCUCAUGGAUCUCCAAAUGUGCGGGCAGAUGAAAGAAUUGCAGCUAUGUCCAACAGGUCUUACAGCCCAGCCAAUUACACUAGUGAGAGGUCUGGCUCUGGAGAUCGACUGUCCGCAAGAUCAUUUAGCCCUGCAGACUAUGCCAGAGAGCAGGUACUGCCUGGAGAUGAUAAACACUCUAGACAGCAGUCCUAUAGUCCAAGUCAGUUUGCACAUGGCAGCAGCUCUGCUGAAGAUGUCCGUUCCAGUGGUGAAAGAUCACUGUCUGCUUCACCUCCUGUGACCUCUGCAGACCACCCAGCCAAACAGAUGUCAUUAAGCAGUCCAGCUAAUGCCCCAGAUUUAAGAUACAACAACAAUAAUGAGACUACACGGCUGAAUACCCGACGUAAAACACCAAACCUGAGGUUGCGAACUGGAUUCAGUCGCCAGUACAGUGAUGGUUUGCCAACUCCAACGGUCAUCACAACCAUGAUUCAAAUGAUUGAUGACAACAAUGACGAAGAUCUAGCAGAAGGGGAGUCAUCAGUCAUAAGAGGAGACCGCAGGUCAGCUUUGAAACUGAAAAUGAGCAUGGCUGAGAAACUUCAGCAUCAACAAGUUAUUGAAGCCAACGAAGCUUCAUCCUCCUCAACACCACCAUCUGCAGAAGAUUACCAUCCGUCUUAUCCUCGAAUGAUUACCCAGAAUGACCAGAGACGAACAGUCACAGUAGAAGAUGCAGCCCAGCUGGAAAUCCAGACACCCCGCACUCCAAAAGGUUUCGUCACCCCAGGAGCAGAAGUAGAAAUUGAUCCUUUCGGAAUCCUGAAGUCAUUAAACAUCGGAGGAACCUCACAGUAA